AUGGCGCGGCGCACCGGCCGGCGAAAGGCGCGAGCGGGACGGCGGCGAACGGGCGCCAGCGAGCUCCCCUCUGAUUUCGUUGUUGUUCUAUCUCUGCAGGUACUGAUGUUUUUAGGUCCACAAGCAUUGAGAAAGGUUAUAGAAGAUGCAGAACUGUAUCCUAUAAGAGGUCUUUUUUCAUUCAAAGAUUUCUUCCCAGAGAUUGAUAAUUACUUUCUUGGAAUACAUGGUGAUGAGCUUGGUGGGUUCUCAAGAAGAGUUAGCUUCCUUUAUUAUAACAGUAAUGCUUUUGCGUUUCUCAUCACAGGAUUUCAGGUUUGCCAUUCAUUGGGUGGAGGUACUGGCUCUGGGAUGGGCACCCUGCUCAUCUCAAAAAUCAGGGAAGAGUACCUAGAUAGGAUGAUGCUCACAUUCUCAGUUUUUCCAUCACCUAAGGUGUCUGAUACUGUGGUCGAACCUUAUAAUGCUACACUCUCAGUUCAUCAACUUGUUGAGAAUGCUGAUGAGUGUAUGGUCCUUGACAAUGAAGCUCUUUACGACAUCUGCUUCCGCACUCUGAAGCUUGCUACACCACUUGUAAUUGGUGACCUGAACCAUCUCAUCUCUACAACCAUGAGUGGUGUUACCUGCUGCUUGCGGUUCCUAGUCCAGCUGAACUCUGACCUCCGGAAGCUUGCAGUCAACUUGAUACCCUUCCCUCGCCUCCAUUUCUUCAUGGUUGGCUUUGCACCAUUGACAUCAAGGGGAUCCCAGCAGUACCGUGCCCUCACAGUCCCCGAGCUGACCCAGCAGAUGUGGGAUGCCAAGAACAUGAUGUGCGCAGCUGACCCACGACAUGGGCGCUACCUGACAGCAUCAGCCAUGUUCCGUGGGAAGAUGAGCACCAAGGAGGUGGACGAGCAGAUGCUGAAUGUGCAGAACAAGAACUCGUCCUACUUCGUGGAGUGGAUCCCGAACAACGUGAAGUCGAGCGUGUGCGACAUCCCUCCCAAGGGCCUGAAGAUGGCGUCCACAUUCAUCGGCAACUCCACCUCGAUCUAG